UGAAUGCCAUCUGCCUACUUGAUGUUACACAGCACGUAACGGCUCGUGCGUGUCCUCUGAGAAAUUCAGAACAAAAUUCAGCGAUGAAUGAAAUUAAUCGAACGAAAUUCGUAAAAUGAAAGUAUCAUAUUUUGACUAAAAUGGGAGGAAAAAACCGAAAUAAAAAGGCCAAGAGGCAAGAUUCAGGCAGACACGAUGAGGGCGAAGCUAUACCAGGCAAGUGUUCUCACAUUCAAGAGUGUGUGAAAGUAACAAACUUGAAAAAUGACAUUCCUCAUGCUGAUCUAUCAAAGUGCCUGGAAUGUGAGAAACUACCCCCAGAAGAUGACAAGAAAUUAGAAGGUGGAAAAGGCAAUGAUAAUGACAUACCAGACCCUUCACAAUCCACUGAGGAACCUACUAUCUGUGUAUGCUUACGCUGUGCAAAUAUUGGAUGCUCUCGUCAGUCAAAACAUCAACAUGCAAUUCAACAUUACACCACAAAGAAUGGUCAUCCUUUGGUUGUUAAUCUGUCCAGUUGGAUGAUAUGGUGUUACAAAUGUGAUAACGAAAUUAAUGUCAGUGACAAUUCUGUGCUGGGCGAAUGCUUGGGAAUUUUAAAAAGAGCUUUACAUGUAAAAAUUGGGAAAGUUGCAAACCAAAAAGACCAGAAGAACCAUCCACAGAAAAAACCCGCUUCAAACAUUUACACACUUUCUAGCAAAUCUGCUGUGAAGGGUUUGUCAAAUCUCGGAAACACAUGCUUCUUUAAUUCCGUAAUGCAGAGUCUUUGUCAAAGUGAGUUACUUCGCGUUGCAAUGGUCAAUUUAAAAGAAGGAGGUUUUAACUAUUCAAUUUCGCCUCUGUCAAACAACACGGAUUUUGAAACUCUUUCCGUGACGGUUACUGAUAAACCAGGUCCACUUACGUCGGCUUUGGGUAAAUUUCUCGAAGAUAUGAAAUCAGAGGGCAAGAAAAACGUCGUCAACCCUGGAUACUUGUUUAGCGAAAUUUGCAAAAAAGCUCCAAGAUUCAAAGGUUUCAGGCAACAGGACAGUCAAGAGUUACUUCGUUAUCUUCUCGAUUCGGUUCGUACGGAAGAAAUCAAGGGGGUGAAGCGAGCCAUUUUGCUUUCGUUUAAUGUUAAAAGUCCUGACAAUAAAGAAGGAGUUAGCGCUGAAAAAAUUGAUGAAAAUCUUCAUGAAAAGAUAAGAGUGUAUGGGAGAAGCAUAAAUGCCCCUGUAAUUGAUACACUUUUUGGUGGACAGCUUGUAAGCUCUCUGGAGUGUCGAACAUGUCACAAGGUUUCAACCAUCAAAGAAAGUUUCUUUGAUUUGUCUUUGUCGUUGGCGACAAACCAGAGUGUUGUAUCUUCAAAACCAGGAAAUACAGCGUCUGCAACAAAGAAAAAGCCAGCACCAGCUCCUGUUCCGCAAAAACCGAAGCCUAAAAAUGCAAGAAAUAUACAAGAGGAAAAACCGAAGCCAGUUGCUGUUCUUUCAAAACAUCAGAGGAAGAAGAUGGAAAAAGAGAAGAAGAAGAAUAAAAAAAAUCAGCGAAAACGCCAGAAUAGCACAUCGAGUACAGGCAGGCGACAAAGUGAGGGUGACAAGGAGUUAGAUAAAGAUGACAAUACCAAUCUACCUGAUGACGUCACCGAAACCCCAGCUGAUGACAUCACCGAGACUGCUAAUGAUCACGUCACCGAGACUGCUAAUAAAGACGUAAUCGAGACUGCUAAUAAUGACGUCAUCGAGACUGCUAAUAACGACGUCAUCGAGACUGCUAAUAAUGACGUCACUGAUGCAGCGGUUGCUAACCCCGUUAAUGGAGAUGUUAUCAAGGAACAUGAUGUAAUAUGUAAUGGAAAUAAUAACGAAAAUGAUGCAGUAAUCAAGUUGUCGGAUUCCAAUGAUGACGUCAGUCCGAUGUCACAAGAUGACGUAAUCGAAACAUCUUCGGGUGAUCACGUGACCCAGUGUAAAGAUGGAAAGGAGAUUCCCCCUCCUGGGAACAGUGAUGAAGAGCUUUCACAGAGCUUGAAUACGGUUCAUAUUUUUGAAAACGGGGAAGCAAUUAGUGAACGAUCAACAAGCGACCAUGAGGUUAUAAAUGCAUCGGACGAAGGCCAAACAAGUCACGAAUAUUUGGUUAAAGGUGGCGGUUGUAUGACUGAGGAGAACAACGGGAAUUCGAGCGAUGUUGAUACAGUAAACAAAGUUAGUUUGGGUCGUUUUGACAACGGAGAAAAUGACUGCAACAAUACUUCACUAAUACCCUCAAAUCUACGCUACAAUUCUGAUGUCGAUGUUUCGAUUGAAGAUAACGGCGUCGAUCCUACGGUAAAUAGCAAAACAGCGCAUCUUAGACCCAGUUGUGAAUCUAAUUGCGAUCAAUCUUCGGAGGGUAAAACGGAAAUCCAUUCUCAUAAUGAAAAAGAACGUACCACAACAAGAAAUGACAUAUCAGAGCAAUCCAUAUCAAAAGAAUUGUCAGAUUUCUUGCAAGACGAAGGCAUUGACAAUUUGAAUAAAAAACAUGGAUAUUCUGAUUUUGAAACCACUAUUGUAAAGAAUAACUUAGGAGACUUGUCUUCGGAUUCAUCCCCAAAAUAUAACGGAAUGGUUGAGGACGAAUGUGAUGAUAGCAUUGAAAAUGAACCAGUAACAUCGUUCACAUUGUGCCACAGCGGGAAGUCAAAAGGACGCGAAGAUAUUCAGGCUUAUGCGAAACGGAUGGUGGAUGAUGCAAUUGAGAUGUGUAUUCGAAAUAUAGCGUCGACUUUACUAUCGAAAGAAGAUACCUCGAAAGAUGAAGAUGACGUUUCUUUUGAACGCGAAAGUACGGCAAAUGAAGAGCAUAUUGAAGAUGGUAUUUCCUUCAAAGCAAGCGACGUCAAUGGGAAAAUAUCUGACGGUGAAAACGAUCGCCCUGUUGAAGAUAUCUCGACCUGUUUCUCAAUUGGAAUUAAUAAUGUUGAACAAGGUUUUGUGCAGGAAAAUACAGCUUCGAUAACCUCGACGUCGAACGAAAUGGAUUGUAAUGGAAAAGUCGACGAAGAUUUCGACCAACUUUGCAGUGAAACAAAUAGCUCGUAUUCUGGCCAGUUGAAGCUAAACACAAGCAUUUCUUCGCCUGAAUGCGAGGGGAUUGAUGGUUGUUAUAUUUCUAGAAACGAAGAUUCACAAAAUAGGCAUGCAAUGAACGAUAUCUCUGACACAAUUGAAGGUAACCCAGCCGUUCCACAGCGUUCAGCAAGCAACGAAGAUAAAAUUCGAGAGUUUUCCGACAGAUUUGUUGACAAUGAACUGAAACAAUUUGUGAAUAUUCGUUUAUCAACAGAGCUUGACAAUUUAACCGAAAAUACUUCCGGAGAAGUAGCAUCUGAGUUUGCGAAAGUAGAAAAUAAAGAAAACAAGUGUUUUGUUGGCUCAGAAAAUCUCGAAUCGAAUUCGACAAGUGUUCUGCAGGUUGAUACGGCUUCAAUUCGUUCUGAAUCCGAGAUAUUAUGCGGAAAUCAUUCCCUGGGGAAUAUGGACGCCAUCAAAACGAACGCAUUGUGUGUUGAAAGUUGUUUGAAGAAAUUCUGUAGUCCAGAAAUUCUCGAGGGUGAUAAUAUGUUCAUUUGCGAAAAAUGUAAUGAAACUAAAGAAGAAAGUGUUGAUGGAAAUGACGAUAUGGACGGUGAUGAUGAUGAUGAUGAUAAUGAUGAUAAAGAUGAAUCCAAGAAAGAGGAGACCAAACGGAAACCAGUUUACACUGAGGCUGUGAAGCAGCUUCUCAUCGACAAAGCUCCGCCAAUUUUGACUCUUCACUUGAAAAGGUUCCAUCAGGUCGGGUAUUCCCUGAAGAAGAUUGCAAAACACGUUGAUUUUCCAUUGGUCUUGGACAUUUCGCCGUUCUGUCACAAAUCUGGCAAGUUUGCGACAGAUUGCAACGGCAAAGUUCUCUAUGCCCUAUUUGGAGUUGUCGAACAUUCGGGUAAUUUGCACAGCGGUCACUACACAGCCUUCUGCCGCGUCCCUACAGUACCGUCGUCGCUUUUCGAAAAAAAGUUCGAAAGUUUGACCCGCCUUUUGGAGGUGAUUGAGCAAAUGUGGACACAGGGUGGUAACCGUGAAACUAGGGUACACGAGGGACUUCCUAGCUCGAGAUGGUUUCAUAUUAGUGACAGCGUGGUGUCCGAGGUGAGCCUGGAGCGAGUUUUAAAAGCACAGGCCUAUCUGUUGUUUUAUCAACGAAUGGUUUUGAGCCACGGUGGAGAGUGCUAAGACUGUGUGAAAUAUUCCUGAAAGCUCUGACCGCAUGAUUUUGACUGGAUAGCGCAGCACACCGAACGUGUAAUUAAUUUAAAUUUAGCGUUAAGCCGGUUUUCCACUAGCGAUAUUUUUAGCGCGAAGCGACUUUAUUCCUUUGUAUUUGAGCAAUUUGUUCCAGAUGGUUGCAGUUGAGAGCUCUAAAACAAAAGUAAAACGUCGCUUCACGCGAAAAAUAUCCCUUGUGGAAAACCAGCUUUACAUACAAUUUUUCCUGCAACUUGCAAUACAUUUCUACUUUUAAGAGAUGUAAAUUAGUGAAGAGUCUUCUAAGCUAAGUGAAAGGAACGUCAAUGGAGUGUAAUUAUUAUUGAUUAGUGUAAUUAAGAUGUCGUAGUUGCCAAAUUUGCAUCCCUCACCGUGUAAUAGAGCCUUCUUUACUUUUCAGACAGACAAUACACAGCUAAGCCAAAAUAAUUUAUGAUAUCAUAAAAGUCAUUCCUUUUUCUUUCAAAUUUGCACAAAAAUGGCGGACUCGCAACGUUCAUGAAAGUCAUCGAUAAGCAACAAUGAGGCAUAUGAAAGACGCAAACUGCCACUAACAUGAUCAU